CUUAGCACGAAUACUGAAGUGUAUGAUCUAAACCUACGGGCCUAAACCUUAAGGACGGUUUGACAAAUUAUCUCCGGCUUUCCGUUUUUCUUAAAGAGGAAAACCUCUUUCAUCCAGUAUGAGAAUCCUUGUCCUGGGGCUGUCUUCACUGGCGCUGCUGGGAUUUGUCUACACAGAGACAUCAAGUGGUAACACCACAUCGAUGGCAAAUAAUGACACCUCCAGUACAACCUUGACAUCCAAUUACAGCACCACUAAUAACAACAACCACACAGGAACCAAUUACACCAGUACCCAGAUGUCCAUGACCAGCAUGACGACUGCAAACAGCCCCACGACGACAAGUUCCAUGACCACCACGACAACAAAGAAUGGACAGAGCAACGUCUUAACCUCUGUCAGCCUGCUGUUUGGAUCUUUUGUUCUUCAAGCACUUUGGCAGUGAGUGCCCUCUUGAGGUUCAGAGCUGAAGUGAGCCUCAAAUUUCAACACUGUUUGCAAAUCUGAGCUUACUUUAGAAUGCUAGGUGUAGAGGAAAACUAUUUUCACUUCUUUGUGUCAAACAAAACUGUGGUUUAUGAGAUUAUGAACCGUUAAUCAAAUGACAGUGACAGAGUCAGCCUACUAAUUAACAGACGACAGCUUAGAGAGAUGUGAAUCAGAUCCUGCGUAGAUGUGUGAAGCAAAAAGCAGCAGCCCAUGAAUCACAGUGAGUUUAAGCAUGUUUGCUUAAACUAAUCACUGCUGCCUGAUCUGUAUUUUUGAGGGUGAAAUAUCCUGAAUCACAUUUACACUUUGUACAUCCUUGAAGGCCUGCGAAAUUAUUUAUUUAAUCAAAUACAUAUUAUAUAUAUAUAUA